AUGGGCGGACGGGUGUCCGCGCCGGGGCCGGGCUGGGCGGCCUGGUGGGACGCGGCGGGGCGCGCCUGCGGGGCCUGGCCGGGGCCGGGGGCGAGGGCGGCGGCGGCGGCGGCGCUGCGCUGGGCGGCCUGGCCGGGGGCGGCGGCGGCGCUGCGCUGGGCGCUGGGCGGGCGGGCGAGCUGCGCGCUGCUGGCGGCGGCGGCCCUGGCUGGACCCCGGCUCGGGCCGUGCGCGCCCCCCUGGCCCGGGCUGGCCGCCGCCCUGGCGCUCGCGCUGCUGCCCACGAGCGCGCCGCCCGCGCUGCGCUGGCUGCCCGCCGACCUGGCCUACGUGCUGCGCCUGCUGCGCCUGGGCCUGGCCGCCGGCCGCGCGCGCGGCACCUUCGUGGACGCGCUGGAGCUGCGCGCGCGCGCGCGGCCGGGCCGCACCUGCCUGGUGUGCGCGGGCCCGAGCGGCCGCGCCGUGACGCUGGCGGAGCUGGAGGCGCGCGCGCGCCGGGCCGCCUGGGCGCUGGGCCCCGAGCUGGGCGACGCGCGCGCCGCCGCUCUGCUGGUGCUGCCGCCGCGCGCGCUCCCGGCGCUCGGCCUGUGGCUCGGCCUCGCCAAGCUGGGCCGCGCCGUCGCCUGGCUCAACCCGCACGCGCGCGGGAACGCGCUGCUGCACGCCGUGCUCGCCUCGGGGGCGCGCCUGCUGCUCGUGGACCCCGACCUGCACGAGAGCCUGGAGGAGAUCCUGCCGGGGCUGCAGGCGGAGCAGGUGCGCUGCCUCUACCUGGGCCACAGCUCCCUCACGCCAGGCGUGGGCACUCUGGGGGCUGCCCUGGACAGCGCGCCGGACGAGCCCGUGCCUCAGGACUGGUGUCUGGAGACCACGAUGCAGAGCACUGCCCUGUAUAUCUACACCUCAGGGACCACGGGGCUCCCCAAGCCGGUGAUCCUCACGCACAGACGUGUGCGCAGUAUGUGCAGCCUGCUGCCCCUGUGCGGGGUCACGGCCGAGGAUGUGGUGUACUGCGUGCUGCCUCUGUACCACGUGAUGGGGCUGGUCAUCGGGGUCCUUGGCUGCCUGGAGCUCGGAGCCACCUGUGUCCUGGCACCCAGGUUCUCCGCCUCCGGCUUCUGGGACGACUGCCGGCAGCACGGCGUGACGGUGGUGCAGUACGUGGGCGAGGUGCUGCGGUACCUGUGCAAUAGUCCCCAGCGGCCGGACGAGCGCGCGCACUCGGUGCGCCUGGCCCUGGGCAACGGGCUGCGGCCGGACGUGUGGGCGGCCUUCGAGCAGCGCUUCGGGCCGCGCGUGUGCGAGUUCUACGGCUCCACCGAGGGCAACGCGGGCUUCGUCAACUACGCGGGGCGGCGCGGGGCGCUGGGCAAGGCCAGCUGGCUGCUGCGGAAGCUGUGCCCCUUCGAGCUGGUCCAGUUUGACACGGACGCGGCGGAGCCGGCGAGGGACGCGCGGGGCCUGUGCAUCCCGGUGGCGGCAGGGGAGCCGGGGCUGCUGCUCACGCAGGUGCUGCCCCGCAUCCCCUUCGAGGGCUACGGCGGGCCCCGCGAGCAGUCGGAGCGGAAGCUCGUGCGCGACGUGCGGCGGCGGGGCGACGUCUACCUCAACACCGGCGACGUGCUGGCCAUGGACGACGAGGGCUUCCUCUACUUCCGGGACCGGCUCGGCGACACCUACCGGUGGAAGGGUGAGAACGUGUCCACGCGCGAGGUGGAGGAGGCGUUGGCCCUGGCGGACUGCCUGCAGGUGGUGAACGUCUACGGGGUGUCGGUGCCAGGGUGUGAGGGCAAGGUGGGCAUGGCGGCCGUGCAGCUGGCUCCGGGCAAGGCCUUCGACGGGCAGGCGCUGUACCAGCACGUCCGCACCUGGCUCCCUGCCUACGCGGCUCCGCACUUCAUCCGCGUGCAGGAAGCCCUGGAGGUGACGGGCACCUUCAAAUUGGUCAAGUCCCAGCUGGCGCGAGAGGGUUUCAACCUGGGCGUCGUCACUGACCCUCUGUUCGUGCUGGACCACCAGGCGCGGGCCUUCCGGCCCCUCACAGAGGACACCUACCGGGCCGUGUGUGAAGGAAGCUGGAAGCUCUGACCCUCUGAGCUGUCCAUGUCCCCGCUGCAGGGGCAGGACGGAACACACUUCCCCAGAUGAGAAUAAACUCAGACACAGGCCCAGCACCUGCUCCUGACCACAACCUCUACUCCCGGGAGGGGCUGGGGGGCCAGCCUGGGGGCGGGGGCGGGGGCAGGAGCCUGGCUGCCCAGUUGGGGCGGCCGGCCUUUGUAGACGAGGUCUGUGGAAAGUGGCCCAU